AUGCAGCGAGCUUCUCUCCGGUUGCGGCACGCCCGCCCCUCCUGCGCCAGUGCGCUGGCCCGCUUCUACAGCACCGCCGGCUCUUCUGCCAACAGCGAGCAACUGGUGCGCCUCGAAGCCGACCACCUGCCAGACGGCCGCCCCUCAGGUGUGUAUGUGAUGACGCUAAACCGGCCGGACAAGUUCAACGCCCUCACGGAGGCCGUGGGCGAGGAGUUCCGCGCCCAUGUGGCCGAUCUCGCUGCGAUGCCGCCUCGCUCUCUCCGCAGUCUCGUCCUCACCGGCGCUGGCCCUGCCUUCUCCGCCGGAGGCGACCUGGACUUCCUCUGGGCGCGCACCAAGACCCCGGCCGAGGACAACACCGAGAUCAUGCUCAAGUUCUACAAACGGUUCCUCUCCAUUCGCAGUCUGCCUGUGCCCGUCAUUGCGGCAAUCAACGGACCGGCAGUGGGUGCGGGCUUCUGUCUGGCGAUGAGCUCCGACCUCCGUAUCGCGGCCAAGGACGCCAAGCUCUCCGCCAACUUUGUCAAGCUCGGUCUCCACCCCGGCCUGGGCGCUACGCACUACAUGCCCCGAUCCCUCGGCCCGCAAGUGGCGAACCGUCUUCUCUUCACCGGUGAGACGUUGACCGGUGACGAGGCGGCGAGGUUGGGCGUGGUGCUGGAGGCCGUGGAGAAGAACCAGGUGUUGCCCCACGCUCUCAACCUCGCCCGAACCAUUGCCCUCAAUUCCCCCUCGGCCGUACGCCUCCUUGUGCGCACCCUUCGCUACGACGACGACGUCCAGUUGGAGCGGGCGCUGCUGCGCGAGGCUGACGGGCAGGCACACUCCUACGCAUCUGCCGACCUGCAGGAGGGCCUCACUGCCAUCAAGGCCAAGCGCCCGCCCACCUUCUAA